AUUUGUACAAGGAUCAAGGCUUGUUCCAGAGAUUAACCUACAUAGAAAAAGAGUUUCCUGGUGCCAAUGUCAUACUUCAUAAGCUUGGGAAGCUGACGGAGGCCUUUUGUGAUUUGUGGGCGAACGAGAGGUUGCUGAAUGUGGUGGAGCAGCUGAUUGGACCAGAGAUUGCGGGUCAUCCCAAUUGGAAUCUCAGAACAAAGACUCCGCAGAAUGAAGCCUCUACUGUCCCCUGGCAUCAAGACAGCGCAUAUUUAGAUAACGACUCCUACAGCGUCCUCUACCCCACGGCCUGGAUCCCAUUUUUAGACACCAACAAGGAGAAUGGAUGCAUGGAGGUAAUAUCAGGUGGUCACCUGGUCGGCAAAGUGGCAAGACACACCUGUUGCUGGAAGGACACCUGGUAUAUUGAAACAGACGAGGAGGAUGCUGCAAAAACGCUUAAUGUAGAUUUUGUGAAGGACAAAGUCCUGUGUCCAGUUCCCUAUGGUGGAAUGCUGCUCAUAAACAACAUGAUACCCCAUAGAAGUCUGAACAAUUGCUCUGACGUGAUCCGCUGGAGCGUGGACCUUCGCUGGCACGCACCAGACAAGCCCGUGGGCUUCUAUGGGCUGAAGCAGAGCGUCUUGAUGAGGUCGGAGAAAAAUCCGGUGGAGAAAAUCGACUGGGAAUCGUUCAACAAUGUUGACAGACAUUCGGAGGCCGACAAAAACUGCAAGGAUGACGAUGAAAAGGACCCCUUUGACACCACCAUUGUAGGACCCUGGAUGCUGAAAUGGGACAUGACCCACACUAAUCGCCACACAGAAAAACUGAAAACCAGAAGUCAGAGUUCCUGGCAGAAGUCAUAACUUCACCAACUGAUGCCGUUAUGUUCUAGAGAAUGCGGUAUUUUAACACACGGGAGGGCACCCGGUUAUUAACUUGAUACGCCAUUGCUUGUUUUAUACUUUUGAAUUACCUUAUUACCUUUAUAAUGGUACAUAACCCAGCAUAUUCAUUCAAAACUUUAAAACGUAAAGUGUUGUCGAACAGUGUUUUGAAUAUUUGAUGAAAGUAGUGUUUCUUACAGACUUUUAUCUCCGGGGAGGGGCACAGGGGCGGAACUACAGUGCCGCCAGACCCCGCAAUGCGGGGGGGCCCAGACCGAUUGGGGGCCCAAAAAUCCUGGCUAAAUUAUUAAAAAAAAAAUUUAAAUUUAAAUAAAAAAAAUUAGGUGGAUGUCGAGUUAUCUUUCUUCUACAGUUACAAACAAACACGAUAGUCGGCAAACGUCUAUGAGAAAAAUGCACAGACUAUUGCUCGAGAGACCGCCAGACAUAUAGACAACUUCAAAGACGCAGCCUACCGUUCUUUUUUAGUGGUGUCGAUUAGGAGAACAAAAAAGCUUUGAAAAUCGGGCUGGGGAAAUGUUGCGGCGACUAUCCUGGUCUUCUAGACGACCGGAAAAAGUCGGCACUAUUGAUGUAGAUGUUCAUCGGCGCUUUCUUGUCCCCUUCCCUUGAACCUUCCCAACUCUCUACCCUCCCCCCAUCCCCCUAACCUCUACCCCUCACCACACCCUUACUCUUACAAUAAGAUGUAAUGCAUAGAUUAACGAACCGUUUAUGAACUACUGAACUGUAAACUGACCACUUCUGCACAUUUUGUUAAAGACACUAGUCAGUAGUUGUUCAUUUACCUGAUGAAGUAUUUCGUUGACGAAUCUAAUUCACACAACAAGAAGGUAAGACUCGUCUUUAUAUUAUUAAUCGUUUUAUAAUUAGUAAACGUGUUAAUGGAAAAUUAGUUAUUAACACUAAAUACAUUAAAGUUAAAAUUUUUUAGGAUACAAUGAUCUAGCUUUUAAGCCUAAAAACAACCAAAAGAUCUAUACAGGGGCGGAACUACAGUGCCCCCAGACCCCGCAAUGCGGGUGGGGGGGGGGGGGGCAGGCCGUUUAGGGGCCCACUGCUGACCAUAAUUAGUAUUUUUUUAAAUUUUGAAUUUAAUUUUCGUGCAUUUUUGCCUUGAUAUUUAGUUUGUAAAAGAAAAACACUGUAGCUGCGGUACGAUUAUCUUUAUUUUACAGUCACUAUACCACGCUCUUCAGCAAAAAAAAUAAAAUCCAUUACACAAAAUACAGAGUAAAAUAUAGGCAACGCUUCAAAUUUGAAUGACACAUUUGACUCGUUGCCCCCCUUUGAUAGCUAAAUAGAGGACACGUAACUGUUUGACCGAUCCUCCAAAGUGUACUGUGGCGGAUGGGGCAGGGGAUGGGGAUAACAUUUCUUUUUAUUUAUAGUUGUAUUUUUUAACCAUCGUCAAGGCCGAGUUCUAUUUCCCCACGCUGUCGCCGGCAAAAUUCUUUUUAAAAAAACAACAAAGACCAUAGCACGAGAAGCCGCUACACAUGAAGUGGCUUUCAUGAUGCGCGGUUCUUCGUUUCGGCAUUAGUUAGGGACCCGCCGAAAUCCAUUUAACAUUUUUCAAUGUUAAUAUGUGUUAGUGAUAGUGGUUGAAUUUGUAUUCUGUACUAUCUUGUAUCCUACAAAUAAUAAAAAAGAAUAUAAUACUAGAAACUUCGUUUUUAUAUACGUUUACUGGUUUUUUUUUUACUUUUACAAGAAAUAUCAUAGUAAACUUUUAAGGCCUAUACUUGGAAUUAUCUCCCCUGAGUAAGUUUUACAAUGGGCGAUGCUGACGUACAUAGAUCAAGGCGUUUUGUCGUCUCUUUCAAGUUUUUUUCCCGAGCCGACCCCUAUCCCAUCCCUCUUUCUCAACCUCACAAGUAUCGAGGAGAUAAAUGUAUCGUUUAUGAACUACUUCCUAACCGUACGAUUCACCACUUCAGCACAUUUUGUCAGACACUAGACAGCACUAGUCAACAGAUAUUGAUUUAUUUGCAUACUAUUAGUAUUAGGCACAUCUAAUUCACAAAACAGGGAAGGUAAGAUUAUUUUUUAUAUAAUUAUUUAGAAAUUAAUUAGAACGUUUAGAAUUAAUUGAACAUUAUUAUAUAAUUAAUAGUCAAUUACUAUUUAUCAAUGACGUUAUUGAGGUGGGGGGGGGGGGGUGUGUGUGAGGGUCUGGCUUUUUGUUAGUCGUUAAAAAAUGUGACGUCAUUUGUGGAUUCCCCCCCCCCCUUAAAUCAGAAAGUUAUCCGACGCGUGAGCUGGCCACAUACAGUUGUACAUGUGAAAAACACGUUUCUGUCUAUUUUGCAUUACUGCAUCAUUUACCCAAUCGCCAUGAAAACUUUGGAAGCUGUUGAGGACAGCCACCAGUGUUUCUUCCAGACUUUUUUCUCC